UGAGAAUCACAAAGUACCAGAGAGACGUGGACGCUCUAUAUGCCCGUAAUAUUGUAUCCACAGUACUUGUCAUGUUUGAUACUUCUCUUUAAUUUCAUUUCAUGCACACAGUUCUUUCUGCUCAAAAUAAACCAUUAACAAAGACCUAGAGACUCAAAAUCAGGCUUUAGAGUUUAGAAUUCAUACAGUUAUGGCUCAAACUAUGUUGCUCAUGUCUGGUGUUUCCACUAGCCGUGUAGGGGACCUAAAGAGAGAUCCUUUACUUGCAUUCCAAACUCAGAGACUAAGGCCUAAACCAUUCUCUCAUCUUCUCUUUAACCCCCUUUCUAAUAAUGUUUCUGUUGCUUCUUCAUCUAAACCAUUUACUACUUUUGCUCUCUUCAAAUCAAAAACCAAGGCCCCUCCCAAAAAGGCUGUGCCGAAGCCAAAACCUCAGGUUGAAGAUGGUAUCUUUGGCACCUCUGGAGGAAUUGGUUUCACUAAGCAAAAUGAGCUCUUUGUGGGUCGAGUUGCCAUGAUUGGAUUUGCUGCUUCUUUGUUGGGUGAGGGAAUAACAGGAAAGGGAAUUCUAACUCAAUUAAAUCUAGAGACUGGAAUUCCAAUCUAUGAAGCUGAACCCCUUCUAUUAUUUUUCAUCCUUUUCACCCUGCUUGGAGCCAUUGGAGCCUUGGGAGACCGUGGUAAAUUUGUUGAUGAAGAACCUAACACUGGAGCUGUGAUCGCUCCUGGCAAAGGCUUCAGGGCGGCAUUGGGUCUUAAAGAAGGAGGUCCGUUGUUCGGAUUCACAAAGUCGAACGAGCUGUUUGUAGGAAGAUUGGCUCAGUUGGGUAUUGCAUUUUCUUUGAUCGGAGAAAUCAUAACGGGGAAGGGAGCUCUAGCGCAACUCAACAUUGAGACUGGAAUUCCCGUUAAUGAAAUUGAACCACUUGUGUUGUUCAACGUUAUCUUCUUCUUCAUUGCUGCAUUGAAUCCUGGAACUGGUAAAUUUGUCACUGAUGAAGAGGAAGACUAGAUCGUCUUCAACCUGCUGCUUAUGUUUACAUAAACAAACUCGCAUUUUAAUUAUGUAAAAUUCAACUCUCUCUCUAUUAAAGCCAGGAGCAAGUUUCAUUUCA